AUGGCGCGGUCUAACAGUGAGUCGCAGUCCGAGGGCGGUUAUAGCUCGGAUCGCUCAGAUACCGAGAGACGUGAGAUCGAAGACCGCGCACCCAAGCGACGUCGUCUCUCCGAACAGGACGAAGACGAUGACUUUACCGCGCCGGCGCCGCUCCCCACACUUUCCCGAAUCAAAAAGAAAGAUGAGGUCCAGAAUUCCGAACCUGCAAGGGAAGAAGAGCCUGUGACUAUCCGUGAGGCUCUUGAGAUAGGUCUCCGAGCAGAAGCAUCGACAUUUGGCGCUCUGAAUGUGUCACCAUGGCUCGUUGGAUCUUUAACGACGAUGGCAAUCCGACGACCGACUGCUAUUCAGAAGGCUUGUAUUCCGGAAAUUCUUAAGGGUCGGGAUUGUAUUGGUGGUAGCCGAACUGGUUCAGGAAAGACCAUGGCAUUUGCUGUUCCUAUCAUUCAGAAGUGGGCUCAAGAUCCGUUUGGUGUAUUUGCUGUGGUUUUGACGCCAACGAGAGAGUUGGCGCUUCAGAUCUUUGAACAGUUCAAAGCCAUUUCUGCACCCCAGAGCAUGAAACCGAUCCUCAUCACUGGAGGUACCGAUAUGCGUCAGCAGGCGAUCGAGCUCGCUUCGCGGCCACAUGUCGUCAUUGCAACCCCCGGUCGACUGGCUGAUCAUAUCAAGUCAUCUGGACAAGACACGAUCGCUGGUCUGCGUCGGGUGAAGAUGGUGGUACUCGAUGAGGCCGACCGACUGCUCGCCAGUGGACAAGGCAGCAUGCUUCCCGACGUGGAGACCUGUCUGUCAGCUGUGCCUCCUUCAUCCGAACGUCAAACUCUCCUCUUUACAGCCACUUUGACAGCCGAAGUCCGCGCAUUGAGAUCAUUGCCUCGCUCUGCGGAUAAGCCUCCCGUCUUUGUGACGGAGAUUUCGACCGAAAACCAAGGCAGCAUUCCACCCACCCUCAAACAAACAUAUCUUAAAGUGCCCAUGACGCAUCGAGAGGCGUUCCUACAUGCCUUGAUAUCCACCGAACAAAAUAUCUCCCGACCUGCCAUUAUCUUCUGCAACCACACCAAAACCGCGGACUUGCUCGAGCGUACCCUGCGUCGUCUCGGGCACCGCGCUACUUCUCUCCACAGUUUACUCCCCCAAUCCGAGCGAACUUCGAACCUGGCUCGCUUCCGCGCGGCCGCUGCCCGUAUUCUCGUUGCCACGGACGUUGCAUCCCGUGGUCUGGAUAUUCCCAUCGUCAGCUUGGUUAUCAACUUUGACGUGCCUCGCAACCCCGAUGACUAUGUUCACCGUGUGGGUCGUACAGCUCGCGCGGGACGAACUGGUGAAGCAGUGACCUUGGUAGGACAACGUGAUGUGGAGCUUGUGCUUGCUAUUGAGAAGCGCGUGGGCCGAGAGAUGGUCGAGUGGACCGAGGAAGAUGUCAACCUCGAGAGUCGGGUAACGAGAACCACAAUGCUCAAGGAUGUAGGCUCGGCCAAGCGUGAAGCUGCCGGUGAAAUCGAAGAGGGUCGUGACGUUCUGGGUCGCAAGCGCAACAAGUUGAAGAAGGUCCGGUGA